CCCCAAGUACUACCGUAGCAAAUGCUCACCCAGGCCACGCUACGAUGUUGCUCGACGUAUCCCGCAAGUUGUUCUCGCGUUCAGACCGAGUCAAAGGCACCGACUUUCACCCCACCGAACCAUGGCUGCUCACAGGCCUCUACAACGGUACCGUCAACAUCUACAACCACGAAACAGGCGCACUCGCCAAAACAUUCGAAGUAUCCACAGUCCCAGUCCGUUGCGUCCGUUUUAUCGCACGCAAGAACUGGUUCGUCGCUGGGUCAGACGACUUCCAGCUACGCGUGUUCAAUUACAACACCCAUGAAAAAGUCGCUUCCUUCGAGGCUCAUCCAGAUUAUAUUCGCUGUUUGGCCGUUCAUCCGUCUGCAAGCAUUGUUCUUACUGGAAGCGAUGAUAUGACCAUCAAGGCAUGGGAUUGGGACAAGCAGUGGAAAUGCAUACAGGUCUAUGAAGGACAUUCCCACUACGUCAUGAACAUCGCAUUCAACCCCAAAGAUGCCAACACAUUUGCAUCCGCAUGCCUCGAUCGCACAGUCAAAAUGUGGUCCCUGGGAUCCCCCCACCCCAAUUUCACGAUGGACGCACACGACAAGGGCGUCAACUACGUUGACUUCUAUCCCGGCCCAGACCGUCCGUACAUCGUCACCACCGGGGAUGACAAGACUAUCAAAGUCUGGGACUAUCUCAGCAAGAGUUGUGUACAGACGAUGGAGGGGCAUAUCAAUAAUCCCUCGUUUGCGGUCUUUCAUCCGAAUUUGCCGAUCAUUAUUAGUGGCAGUGAAGACGGGACCGUCAAGUUUUGGAAUAGCGGCACGUAUAGAUUGGAGAAUACGUUGAGCUAUGCCCUCGAGCGGGCUUGGUGUGUCGCGCUGCGCAAAGAUGCCAACGAAAUUGCCGUUGGCUAUGACGAGGGUAUCGUCGUUAUAAAGCUUGGCCGGGAUGAACCAACAUACAGCAUGGACCCUUCCGGAAAACUCAUCUACACCCGUAACCAACUCGUCCUGUCCGGUAAUAUCCAAACCCUCUCUCCCGAUGACUCCUCACCCGAAGGCACGCGCAUCCCACUCAGCAUCAAAGAACUCGGUACGACGGAGAUCUUUGGCAAUGCUCUCUUACACAGCCCAAACGGUCGGUUCGUUACCGUCGUGGGCGAUGGCGAGUAUAUCAUCUACACAGCGUUGGCGUGGAGGAAUAAGAGUUUUGGAGCGGGAUUGUCCUUUGCAUGGGCAGGUGAUUCGAAUACGUAUGCCGUGCUGGAAAACAAGGUUAAGUUGCGCGUGUACAAAAAUUUCAAGGAGAGAGGUGGGGUCGGGAUGAAAGGAUCAGGGAAUUGGUCCGUCGAUGCAAUAUUCGGAGGACCUGUGCUAGGUGCGCGUGGGAAAGGGUUCGUGGUCUUUUGGGAUUGGGAGACGGGAGACGUGGUGAGGAGGGUUGAUGUCGAAGCGAAAAGUAUCUACUGGUCGGGAACAGGCUCGUUUGUCGUUAUCACCUCUGAGGACUCGUUCUAUGUCCUCCGCUUCGAUCGGGACGCAUACAACGCAAAAGUAGAGCAAAGUGUGGAGAUCACUGAUGAAGGAGUCGAGGAAGCGCUUGACGUCGUCGCUGAGAUCUCCGAUAGUGUCAAGACAGCGAAAUGGGUCGGGGAUUGUUUCAUUUAUACGACGGGGAGUAACAGGAUCAACUAUUUCGUCGGAACGGAGUCGUAUACAAUCAGCCCAUCAGAUAUUCCAUUGUACAUUCUCGGAUAUGUCCCCGCCCACAAUCGCGUCUACCUAGCUGACAAGGACAUGAACAUAUAUGCAUACACCCUUUCCCUCAGUGUUGUGGAGUACCAGACAGCGGUGUUACGCGGAGACAUGGACUCCGCAGCCGAGAUUCUGCCCUCUGUGCCAAAAGAACAGUUGAAUAAGGUGGCUCGGUUUUUAGAAGCUCGCGGCAUGAAAGAACUUGCGCUUCAAAUAUCCACCGACCCUGAUCACAGAUUCGACCUUGCACUGCAGCUCGACGAUCUAGACGUCGCGACAGACAUCACGCGAUCUGUGCCGGAAGCUGAGGCAGAAUCAAAGUGGAAAGCGCUCGGGGAUCGUGCACUAGCAGUUUGGAGAUUCGACUUGGCAAAAGAGGCGUUCGAGAGAGCAGGGGAUUUGAGUUCGUUGAUGCUCUUGUUACUGGCUGUUGGGGAUGGGGAUGGGCUGAGGAAAGUGGGUGGCCUGGCUGAACAAAAAGGUGCCAACAAUCUGGCGUUCGCGACUUUUUUCCAGCUAGGCGAUACACAGGCAUGUGUGGAUUUGCUCGUGAAGACGAAUCGUGCACCGGAGGCGGCGUUGUUCGCACGGACUUAUGCACCGAGUCAAGUGCCUAAAGCGGUGGACGCAUGGCGCACGGAACUGCGGAUGAAGAACAGACCGAGGAUCGCCGCGUCGAUUGGCCACCCCUCUGAGCACGCGGAGCUGUUCGAGGAAGGAUGGCAAGACGUUCUCUGUCGCGAGGCUGAAUCGAGAUAAGAUCGGGGAUGUGACGAGUUUUCGAUUUGUCGGUGGAUGUUGAGUGUGUUCCGCUCCCCAGUUGUGACUAGUGGAGUCAGUACGUGGUAAGUACAAUAAAUAUAAUUAGUGCAAAUUCUAG